AUGGCCAGAGGCCUCGGGGUCCCCCACUGUGUGGCCGUGGGACUGCUGACCUGGGCGGCCUUGGGGCUGCUGGUGGCCGGACACGGGGGUCAUGGCGACCUGCACAACGACCAGCCUGAGGACUUGCAUGGGCACAGCCACAGGCACCCACAUGACGAUAUCCACCAUGGACACAGCCAUGCCCAUGGCCAUGGUCACACUCAUGAGAGCAUCUGGCAUGGGCACAGCCACGGCCACGACCAUGGACAUUCACAUGAGGAUUUACACCAUGGUCAUAGCCACGGCCAAACCCAUGAGAGCCUCUACCACAGAGGACAUGGACAUGACCAUGGUCAUAGCCACGGAGGCUACGGGGAGUCUGGGGCUCCAGGCAUCAAGCAGGACCUGGACACUGUCACUCUUUGGGCCUAUGCACUUGGGGCCACAGUGCUGAUCUCUGCAGCUCCGUUUUUUGUCCUCUUCCUUAUCCCUGUGGAGUCAAACUCCCCCCGGCAUCGCUCUCUGCUCCAGAUCUUGCUCAGUUUUGCUUCAGGGGGCCUUCUGGGAGAUGCUUUUCUGCACCUCAUCCCUCAUGCCCUAGAACCUCAUUCUCACCACCCCGUGGAGCAGCCAGCUGGACAUGGACACUCCCAUAGUGGCCAGGGCCCCAUUCUCUCUGUGGGGCUGUGGGUCCUCAGUGGAAUUGUUGCCUUUCUUGUGGUGGAGAAAUUUGUGAGACAUGUGAAAGGAGGACAUGGACACACUCAUGGUCACCUACAUGGAAGUCAUGGACUUGAAAAACAUGAGUGUCCUUCAAAGGAGAAGCAGAAUUCACAGGAAAAAGAAAAGGACACAGGGGGUGCACAGAAGAGGAAAGGAGCAAGUUCAGGACCUAAAGAUGGGCCAGUGAGACCUCAGAACCCUGAAGAGGAAACAGCAGGCUCAGAUCUACGUGUGUCAGGGUACCUGAAUCUGGCUGCUGACCUGGCACACAACUUCACGGAUGGUCUGGCGAUUGGUGCUUCAUUUCGAGGAGGCCGUGGGCUGGGGAUUCUGACCACAAUGACUGUCCUGCUACAUGAAGUGCCCCAUGAAGUUGGGGACUUUGCCAUCUUGGUCCAGUCUGGCUGCAGCAAAAAACAGGCGAUGCGUCUACAGCUGGUGACGGCAGUAGGGGCACUGGUGGGUACAACCUGUGCCCUUCUAACUGAAGGAGGGACAGUGGGCAGUGAAGUUUCCGGCAGUACAGGUCCUGGCUGGGUGCUGCCAUUCACUGCUGGUGGCUUCAUCUAUGUGGCGACUGUGUCUGUGCUGCCUGAGCUGUUGAGAGAGGCGUCUCCGUGGCAGUCACUUCUGGAGGUGCUGGGGCUGCUGGGGGGUGUUGCCAUGAUGGUACUGAUUGCCCAUCUCGAGUGA